AUGACUUCAAUGAAAACUUCAUCCCUCUCUUUAUCACCCGGCUGGUGGCUCCGCCACUACAUCGACUUAUUAUCAAGCUACACGCGCCACCAGAUCAUCAACCUCGAUGAAGAAAAGGCCGUCCAUUGCUUCCCAUCGGCGAUCAUAGGGCUCAUAUCACACGGUGCCUCGAUCGUGGACCCGACAUUGCAACGCGGGCACCAUCCCAAGACACUACACGAUUUUCACUCGUUCAUUGCGGCUACAUACUCCAAAAGCCAUGCACCAUUACGAAAUGAAACUAACGUGGACUACUCACCACCACUACUGCCACCAUCGCUACCCUGGAGGUUGGAAGGCCGACCAAGGCUUGUGUUACUGAAUCGAAAAGGCGCUCGGACGAUCUUGAACAUCGACAAGGUUUAUCAAGCCGCGCUGGAGGUGGGGUUUGACACAGUUGUUUACGAGCCAAGCAGGGAGACCUCACUGCAUCAAGAUUUUAGGCUCAUUGAUAGUAGCCAUGCACUAAUAGCCGUGCAUGGCGCGGGAUUAACAAACAUGUUGUUCCUUCGAAAGGGAUCGGUGUUAAUGCAGCUAGCACCAAAAGAAUCCGACUGGCUCGGCAGCCUGUUUUACGGGAAAAUGGCGGUUCGGUUGGGCCUAGAGUACAUGGUUUAUGACCUUGGAGAGGAUGAGAGCUUAUUAGGAAUGGACAAAGCUACAAAGGAAAGGUUGGCAAGAGAAGGUGGAACCCUAGAGAAUUGGGUAUGGUACAAGGACCAAAAAAUCAAGUUAGACGAACUUAGGUUCAAGAAAUAUUUAAAGAGAGCUUAUAAGAAAGCCAAGAUAUUCAUGCAGAAAGAAAGCUUGAAAGUGAAUUAUUACUCCAAAAUGAGACAACAGUUGAAAAUAAUCGGGAGAAAACUCAAAAUUGGUUAUAUGUAG